AUGUUGUGGGUGGACAAGUACAGGCCCCGGACGCUGGACAAGAUCACGGUGCACGAGGAGAUCGCCCGGAACCUGAAGAAACUGGUGUGUCGGGGAGGUCCCCAUCUAGGGUUUCGCCUCUCUGCUGCAUUAUUCCCCGCCUCUAUCUCUUUGUUCUUGCGGGGUGCUCCUCACGAUUUCCGGCGAUUUUCCUGUGAUUGAUGGGCGGCGGCGCUCUUGGCAGGUCGCGGAGCAGGACUGCCCCCACCUGCUCUUCUAUGGCCCCUCCGGCGCCGGCAAGCGAACCCUCGUCGUGGCGCUGCUCAAGCAGAUAUUCGGCCCCGGAGCUGAGAAGGUUUGCUCCUCCCCCUCUCCACCUGCGUCUCUCUCCCUAGACAACUAGUAUGUACCAUCCAUUGCAGACAAAAUGGUGACAGUAUCUUCCUCUCCUGCUCAGGUGAAGAUGGAGAACAAGAAUUGGAAAAUCGACGUAAGUUCUCUCUUUUUGUUUGAAAAACUCCUCUGAAAAUCGCCGUAUCCUGCUUCUUUCUUAUUGGUUCUUGAUUCCUCCUCUGGGGAAUGACGGAGAAAGGAAAAACAAACAAAAAGCCGGCUUUAUCCUCCUGACAGGGAUCUCUUUGGUGCAGAAAGAUGAAAUCAUUCUUUACAUUGCCGGCUGAAUUCAUUAUUUGGGACCGUACUUCUCUUUCAGUGAAAAUUGCCAAAAUCUCUCCAAUCAUCUAUAUACAUAGAUAGUUUAUGGCCCUAGACUCUCAGCUCUAUUUUUUUUCCAUUUGGAUUAUUUUUGUUUUCUUCUUCUACGUAUUAUAUAUAAGAACAUUUUUUUUUUUCCCUUGAUUAUGGCACCAGCAUGGAGGAUGAGGGGCGUUUUUGUUUCAUGGAUUAUCUUUAUUUUGUCUUCUUGAUGGCAUUAUCUCGAAUGCAGACGGGGAGUCGAACAAUUGAGCUGGAAUUAACCACCUUGUCGAGCUCUCACCAUGUGGAGCUCAAUCCCAGCGAUGCAGGUUUCCAGGACAGAUAUAUUGUUCAGGAAAUAAUCAAAGAGAUGGCGAAGAACAGACCCAUUGAUGCAAAGGGAAGAAAAGGUUACAAGGGUAAGUCCAAUGGAUCCCAGAGCAUGAAAUUUCCUCCACGGAGUCCGCCUCAUGCGCUGCGUAUGCCAUUCAGGGUUAGAAAACAGAGUUUCAGUAAUGUCCUUAGUCUUUAACACACGACCAAUGAAACAAUCCUUUUUUUUCUUUUCUUUUUUCUGAGAAAUCGUUUGUUCAAUCCUUUUAGAGUGCAAGUAUUUUCACAGAGUAGCAGUGACUGUGGUAUUUGUGGUUUCUGGUUCUAUGUCUUCUUCAUAUUCUCAUACUUCAUGAUGAUGAUGAUGAUGAUGAUGUUGAUAAUGAUAUGGGUUGAAAGGAGGAGGAGAAAGGUCUGUGAUACAGUGGAUAUUGCAAAAUGCAGGCAGCAGUGUCAGUCGUCUGUUCACAGGCUCAUCAAUGCAUACUAGGUUGAUUCCCUCUCUUCCUACUCUUUCCUCAAUGGGUAUACGCUGACCCAUUCCUUCCUGGGUAGUAAGAUGGGGACUUGAAAGGAAUGUUAUCUUUGCUUAAUAUACUGCAAAGUAUAUAUCUAUGUGGUUGCUUUUAUGGUGAAAUGGGUAUCUUUCCUUUUAAACAAAUUCAUGAAGUGACUCAUUUAGUUUGCCAUCGCCUCCAAAAUUGGAAGAAGGGAGAUUCUCACCAUCAACUUUAGCUGUUUCGUGCUUGCUCAUCUUGAAGAUGUAAUUCAGAGAUUAAACAAAUCGUACAGGCAGGCGUAUUUAGUUUGGUAGGUUUAAGGAAAACUACUGGGCAUGGUUUUCUCCAUUGUAUUCCCCUCAAGAGUUAUGGUAUUAUGUUUCACUGGGGGGAUCUCCAUGGAUUAUGCUCGCCUUUUCUUAACUCCUUUUAAAAUGGUUAGUGGACUAAAUUCGCAAACAAAGAUCAAGAAUAAUGACAUGAAUUAGAUUCUACCUCACUAUAAUGUGCACCUUUUAAAAUUUCAUGAUUCUGAACACGAUUGAUAUCCUUCUGUUUAAUUUUUAUGCCCAGCUAUUGAAGAUGUUGUGGCCCUUGGGAAUAGGAAAUGGUAUUAUAUAACAUGCUUCCUCCUAUGUCCCUGAGUCUGUACACUCCUGACUGUUUUCCAUGCAAACUAUCGAUUUAAAAAAGAGUUCAACAUACUGAAAUAAUCAGAGUGUAAACAUACUCGAGUAUCAGUGAAGCAGAAUUUCUUUGGACAAUCUAAAAGUUCCAAUGUGUCUUAGAAUUUUCUCGAACUAGGGACAAGUUAUUCAGACCAGCCAGAACCUUGGAGAAUGGGGGUUGACGAGUGUUCUGUUAUCUCAGAAUUAUACCUAAAAGCGCCUGUUGUGUUUACCAUCCAAAGAAAUCAACUAGUUUCUAAUCUUGUUGAUGGAAAUUCAUACGAAAUUAUUAUAACAUGGCCAUCUCAGCGAUCGCAUUCAUGUUCGUGAUACUGAUUCAAUUUAAUAUGCUAAAUAGUCCAACAUUUCUAUUUUUGUUAUUUUGGACGAAAGUUUUCAUUUCUAGAACCAUUUUAUGCUAUAAGUUGAGUAAUAUAUGGUCUUUUUGGUCAGUACUGGUGCUAAAUGAAGUAGACAAGCUUUCAAGAGAAGCCCAGCAUUCCCUUCGGAGAACAAUGGAGAAAUAUAGUGCUUCAUGCCGGUUAAUCCUUUGCUGCAACAGCUCCUCAAAAGUCACCGAGGCAGUUAGAUCUCGUUGCCUUAAUAUACGGGUUAGUGCACCCAGUGAAGAACAGGUCAGCACGAACUUUGAAGGAAGAUUCAUGCCUUUUUUUUAAAAAUCUUCUGUGCAUUUUAUGUUACUGAUCAUGCUCGAGUACAUGAUUUAAUACAUGCAUGCGUGCUUUCUUGACGCUCUACUCAUUUAAUUUUGCUCUUACCAUGGAGAAUUUUUUUUUCCCAUGUGCUUUGGUUGACUCUCGUUGAUUUUAUCUAUACAGAAUUUUUUGCAUUGAAGUAAUGUAAAUCCGAGUUGGUACCAAUCAGAGCUGAGUCAGUGCGGUUCGAUACAAUACUUUCCGGUUUUACAGAACUGAGUCUUGUUAACCACUUUAUUGGCAACCUUGUUUAAUUGAAAUGAAUUUUGCUGCACUAUAUUACAUUAGACAUUUGUCAACUAUUUUCUCUAUCAUAAGAAGUUGUAUGCAUAAUAAUGAAAACAUUUGGAGAGCAUCACACCGACCGCUUCCUUUGAAGUGGGUUAAGGUAUAUAUAUAUAUUGAAUGUUCAUGUGCUUUAUCUCAUCUUCAUUCGUGACAAUUGAAUGUGAUCAACCUCAAGAACACGUCUUGUUGACAUCAAGGAUCUUGGCAACCAACGAGUAUGGAGUACGAUUGUAGUAUCACGAUGUUUCGUGAAGAUAUGAACAGUGUUUAUUUGUUAAAGAUGAAUUUCACUUAAAGAAACUCUAGGAUAUUAGUUUUAAUUACUUGUAUGUUAAUAAUGUUUUUGAUAUUAUUUAACAAAUAUGAAGAUGUCUUUUGUUACAAUUUAUGUGUAUUUUCUUGAAAAAAAAGUGCUGCUCUUUUCAACAGAAUUUUCACUAGAAUCUGAUGCAGAACCAGUCCUUAUUCUAGCUGUUAGUGCUUCUUCCUUAAAUAAUAAGAAAAGAAGCCACCUCCUUGUUCGUUUUAGCUGCCACAGCAACUUGAGUCUAGGGUCUAGGGUCUAGGGUUUAGUCCUCCAAAAAAAAAACCCAGAAGUUUCAAGGUGUCUGCUCUCCAAAAAAAAAAGGAGAGGAAUCCUACUCCUACCCUUCUUUUCUGUUUGACUCUUCUUCGUUCUCGGGUGGGAGAUAACAAUGCAGAUCCCACAUGAGUACAGAGGUCAAUGGGCAUAAUGUGUCGGCUAGGUAAGUGAUAAGUUAGUUAGACGAAAAAAACAAGGUCAAUGGGCAUUAUGUUUCUUCCUUAAGAUCCAACAGGCGUUUACUUCAGCAGUGCUGAAGAACUCCUAAUCAUGAUUGUUGGAAGUUGUCUGAUAUUGCUUUUUGAUCGUUCCCUCUUCUUUGUAUUCAUUGGUGGAUCUGAUUCUUCCUCAGCUAGUUAUUCACAAAACUCUUUUUUUUUCUGUUUUUCUUUUUUUUUUUUUUAUGGCUGCCAGAUUGUAAAGGUUCUGGAGUUCAUCAGCAAGAAGGAAAGCCUACAGCUUCCACCUGGGCUUGCCUCCCGAAUCGCAUCACAUUCUAAUCGUAAUCUCAGGAGGGCAGUUCUAUCUCUUGAGACAUGUCGAGUGCAGAAGUAACACCCUUCUUGCAUCUUUCCUGUUCCUUUCCUUUCUGGGCCCAUCCUUUUAAAUCAUUAUUUAUUUUUUUCAAUAAUAUAUUAAUAUAUAAAAGGAUUGUAUAUAUACUGAUUGUGUAUUUCUUGAGCAGCAUUCUCACAAUUUUGUUGGUGCGCCUCAUACUUCCAGGUACCCCUUCACAGACGACCAAGUGAUCCCGCCCAUGGACUGGGAGCAGUACGUCUCUGAAAUAGCAUCUGACAUAAUGAAGGAGCAGAGCCCUAAAAGGUUGCUUCCUAAUUGCCAUGAAUAUUGUCAUAUAUUGCUAAUAAUGUGCAUAAGAAUCUCGUUGAUCUCCUCACCCUGUGGCUGGCCAGAGUGCCCACCUGAUUCACACCACCACCCUUCAUUGCCAUGAGUGGGCAUGUUUGAGUGUGUUCGAUUGGGCAUUUUGGAUCGGAUGUUUCCCUUUAUAGAAUGGAAUUUUUUUUUCUUGAAUUUAAUUAUGCCUGCUUGGAGAAUUAAUUUUUUUUUGGGGGGGGAGCGGAAGGGUUUCUUUCUUUGAACUAGGUUUCGCCCCCAUCGGAAUUAAAUGAGCUGAUCAGAUACUCUUGGAUUACCCUCGAUCAGCCACAAAAUGAAGAAAGAGAAGAAAUUUAUGGGUACCCAGAUCCGAUAAUUUUCUGGGUCAUCAAAUCCUCUUAUUUAUUUCUAAUAAAAAUUAAAGAAAAAAUAAAAUAAAAAAAAUAAUUAAAUCCGGAGGGCAGGGCUCUCUAGCUUGCUGACAACACAUCUCUUGCAGGCUCUUUCAGGUGCGCGGGAAAUUAUACGAGCUGCUGGUUAACUGCAUCCCUCCAGAGAUCAUCCUCAAGGUGAGCAUUUCAUGUUUCUAUCUACCUAAUCCAUAUCAUAUGUUCGUCCACUUAUUUAUUCAUCAUCCUGCAGAAACUGCUGUCGGAGCUGUUGAAGAAACUGGACUCGGAGCUGAAACACGAAGUCUGCCACUGGGCCGCUUACUAUGUAUGUGACCCUCAAAACCUUCGAAUGCUUCCUUCAAACCCUAGCGUGCUGUUCUUGCGAAUCGAGGCUGAGAAGGCUGCCCUUCGGGUUGAUGUUGCAGGAGCACAGGAUGCGCCUCGGGCAGAAGGCCAUUUUCCAUAUCGAAGGUACCCUCAUGGACUUGGAUGCUCAACUCCCUCCCAGCCCGUUGGUUUCUUGGUUUCUUCUUCGAUGAUGGUGAUGGGGAUGGUCUUAGUUUUCUAAUACUAGAAUGGCCCCAGCGCAUGCAUGCAUGCAUGUAAUGCCAUGAGUGAUGAUGACUGCUCUGUUGUGUGUACCUGUGCAGCGUUUGUGGCCAAGUUCAUGAGCAUCUACAAGGGUUUCCUCAUCGCCACGUUCGGCUGA